AUGGAAAAAAAAAUAAACAAUAAGGAAGAUGAAGUUAAUUUAAUGAAUAAUUUAGACUUAAAAUUCUUAGAAGAUAAAAAAUAUGAUGAACAUAAAAUAAAACAUAAUCAACAUUCAUUAAUAUUAAGCAAACAAUUUUAUGGAAUAAUUAGUGGAAUUACUGUUGGAAUAUUAGGAAUUCAAGGUAUUUAUGGUUUUCUUUUUUUUAUUUUAUUUACGUUAAUAGGUACAUUAAUGACAUAUUUUCAUAUUAAGAAUAAUUUUAAUUCAUUUUUUUUGAAAAAAUCAGAAGUUUUAUGUGGGGAUAUUUUCAGUGGAUUAAUAUCUUUUAUUCUAUUCUGGACAUUAACAUAUGACAUACUUUACAUUUUUUAA